AUGUCUGUAUCUUCACAGAUAGUUCCCAAUCAGCUCGUCGGUCUUGUUCCAAAUAAUAUCAGAAGCACCCUUUUGCUCCAAAUCUCCCAGAAGCUCACCGAGCUGCAAGGUUUCCAUCUUGUUACCAACAUAGAAGAGCGACCCGUCCGUCGUUCCGUUGACGAGCUCGUCAUCGACGCACCCAUCGGCGAAGUCUGGGGCCUCGUGGCGGGCUUCGGCGCCGAAAAGGCAUGGUACCCAGGCGCCAAGUCAGUCUCUCUCAAAGGAUUUGGAAUAGGCAGAGUCCGCACCUUUAAGUACGUCUACCCUGCCGGCAAGAACAAGGGCCAGGAAUAUACCUUCUCCGAGGAGCUUACGGAGUAUGACGCUUCCAAGCACUCGAUGACUUUCCAAGUUCGAAGACCUGAUUACCCCGACAUGAUCGGCUUUGGAACGACCGUCUUAGACUCGCUAGGGCCUAACAAGACUCGUUUCCGUUGGGUCGCGGAGGGUUCGCCUUUGCCUGAUGAGUUUGCCGCGGUUUUGCGCGAGGACCUCAAUGAACGGUUCGAUGGGCUUAUUAUUGCCAUCGCCAACCAGCUGGUCUAGGACUGGAGAGAUUGGUUCUUGCGAGAGGAGGGAGGCAUGGUCUUUUUUGGAAUCAACUGAGAGGAAGCUAGGUUGUACACACUGAUUCAUAUCCGGUCUAAAGCGAAACCAAGUAUAAAUUAUCCGAUCG